AUGGUUCGUGUUCUCAAGGAAUUAGUAAUAUUCCCAAGCCAUUCUAGCACUUGUCAAAUCGCAUUUGAGUUUUUCGUCUUGCCACCUUUGAGAGUUGGUGGCAUCGGAGAUGCUUUGGUGCUUAUUUAUCAGAGUUCAAGUGAAUCUGCCAAGAUCGGUAGCAAGAGCAGAAGAGAAGUCAAGAAUACAGAGGAUCAAAACACUGAACAUAGAGAUGUUGAUUCUGUAGCAGAGCAUAAACGGGUUUUGCAUUUUCUUUCUUUCUCAAAUUUUCCCGAGAAAAUCUCUCUGUUCUUGAGAAAUUUAGUUCUUAGGAAAUCUUAUUCUUCAUUCUCGCCAUCUAUGGCUUCUGCUACGAAUGCAAAUGGUUCAACAGAUGCUUCCACAUCUAGAAAAGCCUUACUCACCAAGAUAGGUGGUGAAAAUUACUCAGCCUGGGCUCAUGCAGUAAGAAAAGCCUUACUCACCAAGAAUAAGCUAGGGUUCAUUGAUGGAACUUUGACUCUCUCAUCACCAUUGGUAUCAACUCCUUCGAAUGUGCAGGCCUGGAUAAGAUGUGACAACAUGGUUGGGACAUGGUUAACCAAUUCAGUCUCACCAAAGCUCCAAGCAAGCAUCAUUUAUGAAGAUACUACCUUAGAAAUCUGGAAUGACUUGAAGAAUCGUUUUGCCCAAACAAAUGGACCUAGAGUUUUUAAUCUUCAAAAGGACAUAGCAGAGCUUCAUCAAGGAGAAAUGUCUAUCACUGACUUCUUCACUCAGUUGAAGGUAUUUUGGGAUCAAUUACAAAACCUUAGUCCAUUUCCUUCUUGCACCUGUGGUCAAUGUAUUUGCAAUAUUAACAAGAGGCUUACUGAUCUGCAAGUAAGAGAAUCUGUCAUGAAAUUUUUAAUGGGAUUGAAUGAUUCUUUCUCCCAAGUUCGAUCUCAAGUCUUGCUUAUGGAUCCUAUUCCAUCUCUUAGUAAAGUUUACUCAUUGCUAAUUCAAGAAAAGACACAAAGAUCAGUACCUAACACAUCCUUUGCUAAGGUUGAUUCCACUGCUUUGGCUGCUAAGUUGUCCAAUGAACAUCUUGGUUCAUUUCUUGGUAAUGCUGGUAAAGGGAAGGGAAGACCAACUUGCACACAUUAUGGCAAAACUGGUCACACAAUGGAGAAAUGCUAUAAAAAGCAUGGUUUUCCACCAGGUUUUAAGUUCAAGAAUAAGCCAUUUAUGGCUCAUCAAGUAUCUUCAGAUGCAUCACCCAUUGCUGCUUCACCAAUGCACCAUCAGACUGCCUUUACUCCGGAACAGUAUCAACAGCUUUUUGCACUAUUUGGAGCUUCUGCUUCAUCCAUUAUACCCUCUGCUCCAGUCAAAGAAGCUUCAAUAGCCAAUAUAACAUCAUCUUCUACACUUGCUAGUGCUCCAAUGUCAGGUAUUGAUCUCUCUCAUAGUGUUUUCUCUGCACAAGUAGUAAAUAGAAGAGUUUAUGAUAAGUGGACAUGGGUUUUGGAUACUGGAGCUACAGACCAUUUUGUUUGUUCAGUUGAUCUAUUAACUUCAAUUACUGCUACUAUACAGUCUUUGGUUCACUUGCCUAAUGGGGAAUCAGCUCAAGUCACUCAUAUAGGCACUGUUGUCCUUUCCCCUUCACUCACCCUCACUAAUGUUCUUUGUGUUCCUUCAUUUAGCUUCAAUCUGCUCUCUGUCAGUACACUCACAUUAUCCCAGCCUUAUUGCCUUGUUUUCCUUUCAACUUAUUGUUUUAUCCAGGACCUUUUACCUUGGAAAACGAUUGGGAUGGGCAAGGCUGUUGAUGGGCUGUACUUGCUGCAGUGUGAUAGUCUACAACACAUUCCUCACUCUUCACUUGCUCAUUACUUAAGCAAUCACAAGUUCAAUGCUUCUUUUCUUCCUUUCUCUGCAACCACCACUGCAAGUUCUGCAUCUUCUUUUCUUUGGCAUGCAAGACUAGGACAUCCUUCAGAUAUGAAGCUUAAAGUUUUAGGUUCCAAUAUUCCAUCUUUGCAUUCAAUCCUUUUGGAUGUUGUUUUCCAUGAGUCUAUUUUUCCUUAUGUUCAUUCUUCCAAUGACUCUAUUCCUUUCACUUCAUUACCUUUACCAUGUGUUUCUCCUGUUUCUCACUUACAUGAUGAUCCUCUUUUGUCCAAAACUCCUACCCUCACUCCUCAUUCUAUUAUUCAAGUGCAUCAUACUAUUGAUGAUGAUCUACUUGAUGAAGUUCCAGAAACAUCCCUUGAUCCUAUUGCAGCUCCUGUCCCUCUUAGAAGGUCCACUAGAUCUGUUACAAGACCUUCUUAUUUACAGGACUUCCAUUGCAAUUAUGCUACUUCUGUCCAGCCUUUAUCUUCUUCCCAAUUAGGUACUGCUCAUCCCCUUUCUUCUCAUGUCUCAUAUCACCAUCUUUCUCCCUCAUAUAAAGCCUAUUGCUGUGCCAUUUCUUCUCUUGUUGAGCCUCAAUUUUACCAUCAAGCCGUGUCUGAUCCCCAAUGGCAAGCUACCAUGGCUGCUGAAAUAGCAGCUCUUGAAGCUAAUAAUACCUGGACAUUGGCACCCUUGCCUGCUGGUAAGAGCUCCAUUGGCUGCAAAUAG